GCUGACCCCCUUGGGAGGUGGAUGUUUGCUGACGCCUGAAUGAUCCUUUAAGCUAAGAAACCUAGAUGCUCUAAGAACAAAACGCACGCUGGCCGACGGCGACCAGAAGAGCAUUCUUACGAUUACACGUUGAUGACAACAGAACUUCUGUAUGAGAAACGACCAACCAGUACCAAUCACCAUUGAGCAGGAAUACUCUGGAAGAGACGGACAACUACUCUGUCGAGCCAAUUGCUGAGCUUCGGUUCCAACAGAAAUCACCGCAGCGUAAGAGCACAGAGAAUAAGACACCCUCGCGAUGCUCAUCAAUGGAAACCAUCGUGCUCAGGCACAAUUCGAUCGGGCAAAAUGGCGCCCAAUGGUUAUGAUCCCUACCUGGGCUCUUCAGCUAGGCUUGUCUAUGUCUAUGAUGGGACUUUUCGCCUACAGAUUGGGCGACAGCAUGAAGGUGAAUAAGGACAAUGACAAGAAGAACGACGAUCCUACAAUCGAGAUUGUGUGGGAGGCUACAAAUGUAGCUCUAUGGUUCGUUGCAUCUCUAUGCAGUUUCGUCGAAAUCGCCAAAUACUUCGCGGAGGCCUUAACUCCGUGGACCAUGCUCUUCACACACGUCAUAAAGUUGACCUGCGCGAUCGCCACUCUCGCGCUUGAUAUAGUUGUCUACACCGAGAAACACGACAAGCACUACUCCCUCGUCGCUCUUGGGUUAGACUGUGCUUUUAUCAUCACCUCACUCGUCCUGGUCUUCUACUCCGUGCGAAGAUACCGUCGCCUUUCUGCUUACGACGAUUAUACACACCCUGUCAACGUCAAGCCUUAUGGUUUCAACGACGACCUUGAGCGUGAUACUUCAUACGCUCGACAGUCUACCGACAAGCGCUUUUCUUCAACAUCGUCGCGAGCUAGCAUCAUCUCAAAGCGUGAAUCUGUUGAGAUGGGCACUGUCCAGCGAACACCAAGCGUCUAUUCACACAAGCGUGACACUCAAUUCGAUGACUAUGUAGCACGUCGCGGCUCCGCCACGAAAGAACGCAUUGGCAGCGGAGACUUCAGUUACGCUGGAGCUCAGGGCGAGGCUCAAGACUCUGGAGCAACACUUACACCAACUCGUCCAAGGGGCGCCAGUAGCGGUCGAGCAGCGAGCUGGACGAGCGACCGAGGUCUCGUAGCUGUACCAGAGGAGGAUGACGACAUAACAGCUGGCAAGGAAUCCAAGACAGAAAAGGAAAAGAAGGAUCGCGAGGCUCUUUUGGGCAACACUCCUCGCGAGAGCAUUGAUGGCCUAGUUGUUCCACAAGAAGCCGACCUGUCGGAGCCCAGGUGGCAGCGCGAACAGUGAAAAGGGGAGGGAAUGAGAGUGUUUCAUUGAUAAGGAGAGUCUUGUGAGACUUACACGAGAAGAAGACUAUUUGGUCCCAAUCUCCACGACUGUAUAUACCCACAGGAGAAUUGGCGUUUCAGGGGUGUUCAAGCAGCAUUGAAGGCUGACUGUUUCAUGAUACUUUACAAUGAUAGAUGCAAAUAUUUGUUCCAAACUUGAGUGUGAAAGAACAGUUUUCCUCGCC